GACGCCGGGUCGGGGAAACACGAUCGUGGUGGAAAUAAAGUGAGCCGUGUCCUUGUGCCCAGUCACACAGCAGCGGAACUGCAAACAGCACCGGUGAUCCAACCGGACAGAGGAGGCAAGGUAUUCCGCCGUUGCGUCGCUGUCCUUGGACGACACGAAGUGCGCUUUAACCCCGUGGGUGGGUGAUCCCCUGCACGUGAAGACACUUUCUCCUUGGAUGACCUACACGCCACGGGGAGAACACCUUGCCGCCGGUUUGGAGGGGCUGGGAGCGCGUUCACGCAGCUGGGCAACAAGUCCACUCCCCCACGUAUAACACUUCGGGUUGACCCUGGUGUUGGCACAUGAUGUACACAAUCACCAGAGGGCCCAGCAAACUAGUUACACAACGGAGGACGACAGGUCCCACGCAACAAAUCGACAGCAAAUUAGCCGAGUUGAAGCUAAAGCCGACAACGUGGCUCACGUCCAAUACUCCACCCCCGAAGAUCGUGUUCAACCGCCUCAAUGGGAAGCGUUACCACAGUGCAUCCACGCAGAAGGCCGACAGCCCAGCUGAGGGAUUCACACCUGCACACGAGGAGAACGUGAAAUUUGUUUAUGAAGCGUGGCAGGAGGUGGAGCAGAAGAUGGGAGAUGGAGACGUUGGGAAGUCGAUGGCCAGCCAAGGACCCAUCCAAUACACCGAGAAGACCCCCAGUACUGCCAUGAAAAACUUUGUCCCCAUCGACUUGGAGGAAUGGUGGGCUCAGCGCUUCCUUGCAAACAUCGCAGGCCUGUCGUGACUGCGUUGAGAUGAGAUGGGGGAAACAUAUCGAUGCUCCACCAGCGUAGGAACCACAAGGGGUCAGGAAGGGGCUCCAGGAUGUGCUCCGUGUGUAGAAUCAUCUGCCCUUCGGUACUUGAUCUGAUGCCUGGAGCUUUAUGCUGCUUUAGGGAAUACCGAGCGCACAAAAAAAAAAAAAAAAGCCCUGAUGAUGUGUUGCUGCAAAAGGCUGCUCUCUCUCUACUUGAAUAACACAUUUGAUUGAAAUUGUGAAAUUAUUUUUUUCCUUAAGAGCUUCCCUCGUUCCUCAAGUGUGCUUCACCGUGUACUCUGGCUCAUCUUUGGAUAUGAAUCUACUGAAGAGCAAAAAUAAAAUGUUUUUCAGAAUUUUGUCACGUUUGGCAUGUUCAUAGUGCCAAAAUGAACAACAACAACAGUGGAACUCAUUAUUCAACCCUAAUUGCAACUUAGUAUUUCUUUGCAUUGUUUACAGACGUUCACUACUACAUAAACCAACAAAGCAAAAACAAUGUAAACUGCUGAAUAUUUUAAUAUUACA